AUGGCUUUUCUAUGCCCCAGCGACGGUGACGGCUGCAGCUAUGACGAGUGCCGCUGUGCUAAUGCCUCUCACGUGCGCGAGCUGGUGAAUGUGAGUUUGGAUGGACAGCCUUGUUAUGCCUGUGAACCUCCGAGAUUGCCUGCUUGCACCGAGGCCACGGACCAAUGCACUCCAGAAGCCUGCGCAUGCGCCAAUUCUCGUACCCAUGUCAAGUACAAUGCGAGUACCGUGGACGGAUCUCCAUGCUUCUACUGCGAGCCCAUCGGCGGAUACUGGAGCUUUGGCCGGAACGAAAUGGCUUUGGUGCUCCUGGCGCUCCUCUUAGUGGCGCUUUGGCGCUCCGGACAACGCCGCCGUGUCCGCGACGGACGCAGCGCUGGUUCUUUGCGACUGCCGCGGCGCAGCGCGGAGAACCAGCAAAAGGCCAUCCGAGUGUCACAAGAGCCUUUGCGCUUCUACGAGCAGGUCCUACAGGUCAUUGAAGAUGUGAUCGACACGCUCAUCGACGGGGCCUGCGAGCUGGACUUGCUUGCAGAAUUGCCCACGGAUUUGCCGCGGGAGCUCUCCUUGGUUUUGGCCGCGCGGCAAGGGCAGCACCAUUUGCUGGAAGCCUUGCUAGACAGCCAGGUGGACCCCAAUGCGACGGACCCACAUGGGGGGACGGCGCUUCUGCGCGCGGUGCAGCUGGGGAUCACUGCCAGGCCGAGCAUAGAAGCACUGCUGAAGGCGAAGGCUGAUGUCUCAAGGGCCUCCAGCUUGGGUGAGACGCCUUUGGGAGAGGCAGCAGGUCAGGGGCCUCCUGAGCUCGUGGCCAGGCUGCUGGAGGCCAACACUCCAAGUGCGGAUUGCUUGCGAACAUCCUUGGAGAAGGCGGCGCAGCUGGGGAACCGUCAAACCACUCGAAUGCUCCUCAGCGGGUUAGCUGCUGCAAAAGCUGUGCCCAGUGCGGAGGCGCUGAUUGGCUGGGUGAACUGCGGAGAUGCCGAGAUGGUCUUGGAGCUUCUGAAGGGUCGCACAGAUGUGAACCAAGCGAGAGAACAUGAUGGUGCCACCGCUGUGCUUGUUGCCGCCAGCUCACCAAAUCCUCAGCUCAUCCAGCUGCUUUGUGCGCAGCUUGCGGACGUCAACUGCUCGGACCGCAGCCACCGCACGCCGCUGGCCGCGGCCAGCGCCGUGGGUGGUGACGCAGCGGUGGGGGCGCUGCUGGCGGCGAACGCGCAGGUGGACGGAGCUCCACUGGUGGCUGCUGCCUUGGCAGGGCGCACUUCAACUGCCAAGUUGCUACUGGAGAGUGGCGCUGCGUCAAACGCGAGGGAUCUAGCUGGACGGACGCCCUUAGCAUCUGCAGCAGCCAGUGGCAGCCUGCAACUUUGCCAGGCACUUUUGCUUGCACGAGCGGAUCCCCAGAUCCGGAGCGGUGCGGGGAAAGGAGCUCCGCCCUUAGCCAUCGCGGUAGCUGCUCAACACAUCAGCCUCGUGGAGGAGCUACUGCGGGCGCGGGCGGAUGUAGAUGCCCUCAGCGAGCGCGGGCAAACGCCGCUGAUGUUGGCGGCAGCCGCAGGGCACCAGGAGAUGUCGGAGAAGCUCCUGGAAGCUGGCGCUCAGGUGAACGACUGUUCAGAAGAUGGGAAGACAGCGCUGAUUUUGGCAGCUGGGAUUGGUUCUCCCAUCUGUCAGCUCUUGCUCUCCCACCGUGCCGACCUGCAACACCGUUCCGCCACCGGCAUCUCCGCGCUCCACACGGCCGCCGCCAACGGCCACGAGGAGCUCUGCCGGGCGCUGCUGGCGCAGCGCGCCGACGCCGGCACCGCCGCGUGCGGCCGCACGGCGGCGCAGGUGGCUCGGAGGGCGGGCUACGGAGCCCUGGCGGAGCUGCUGGAGACGGGGAGCAGCUGA